AUGGCGGAGAAGCGCGAUACCAUUCAAUCGGACGAUAAAGAGAAUGUUCCACAGUCCUUCCAGCGAACUUCGCGGGGCGAGUUUCAAACUGUCAAGCAGAAUCAACACAAUCACAUUGAAACACCCAUCCGGUCUCCUGAUCGUCCCGCUGGCAUGUCCAAAGAGGAAAAGGCUCGGAUCGAUGCUAUGCUGGCACAGGACGACUUCACUCGCACAUCAGCGUUCUCAAGAAACACUCCCGCUGCUGCUCUCAGCCAUAUUUUGCGACGCAUGGACGACGAAUUGGUGCAGAUGAAGGAGCAAAUUGGAUUGCUGGAAGAUCUGAACGAGGGUAGAAUGAUGUACAUGGAUAAGGCUAGCUCGGAGUACAAGGAGGCGCAGAAGACGUUCAUGAAGGUCAAGAUGGCCCACCUGGACUUGAUCUACCGUCUCUCUAUUGCUCCUCAACCUGGCCUCCUCAACGACGACCCGUCUGACGCACCUCGCCCGCUCCCUCACCACAACCAGUACCUCCGCCGCAAGAAUGUCCCACCCCACCACAACAACCACCGCCCCCUGGGCCCCAAUCUUCCAAUCCCACCUAACCAACCACGCCGAGGCCCCGCCACCGAAUUCGUCCUGGGCACCAUCACCCCGUCCUCCCUUCCCUCCGUCCGCUACUGCAUCCACCGCGGCUUCUGGGCCGCCCUGCCACCCAACUCGCACAACAAGCUGCCCAAGAAUCCCCAGCUGUACACGUCCGACUGCCCGGUCUUCACUACCGACGCGCGCAUGUCCAAGGUAUACGAUAUCUUCGCUACGGGCAAAGGCAAGGGCGACCUCGAGCAGUCGCGCUCAGGAACGGGCGGUGGCGGCCCUGUGGAGGCGGUGUACUGGAUCAAGGACAUCAAGGUGCAGUGGCGGAUAAGGGGAAAGUGUUGGCUUGUGAGUGCGGACGACGUUGAUGGGUCAGAUGCGCAGAACAGCGGAACAGUGACGGUCAAAGCACAGGUUGGGAGGUACAUGCGGCCGGCGGAUGGCGUAAGUGAGGAAGAAUCGCAGAGGGGAAAGGGGGAGUGGAGUUGGCGGACGGAGGUGAACAAUUGGUUUGAGAACCUGAGUCCUGGGAUGAGAGGCAGUUUCAAGAAUCCAGAGCCGGGAAAGCCGUGUAAUGAAGGGGUUAAGAACAAGGGCGAGGCGCUGGGUCAGUCAGCAGGUCACCUGGAAGAUGAGGAGCUAGCGCGAAAGAAUUUCAGAGUCGCUAUCAUCACGCCGGAAGAGGUUGAGCAGGUCGAUCUGAGCGAUCCCGCCGCGGCGAGGAGGUGGAAGUGGACAUUAGCGGAGGAGGCGGGGGGCCAGGGCACGGACUCAGAGUCGAAGAGCGUAGGCGAGUGGGAUAUGGUUGAGACGUGGCCCUAA